AUGAAUAACCAAAAUGUGUACAAUCCUGCUAGAAUUGCGCGAAGAGAAAUUCGUAAAAAACUAAACAUAGAUGUAACAUAUAUCCAAGUGUUCACGCUAAAAAGGAAAUUCGUGGACCAUUCCGAGGAGAAUGAGUUAAAAUCGGAGCAAUUAAGACUCGAGCAUCACACGAAAAUAUUCGCUUCGAUGUGUCCGGAUGAAAUUCUGGAUCACUAUGACGAUUAUAAUACCAGAAUGUAUUACACUACUUUAAUGCUUGGUGACAUAUCAGGUUUUACAGAUCUCGCUGAGAAAUACACUAAAACCGGAAAAGGCGGACCUUCGAAACUGACAGAAACCUUGAACAGUUACAUCGGUGCUAUGGUACAAGAAAUACUUUCCCACAAUGGUGACGUAUUGAAAUUUUCUGGAGAUGCGUUUAUCGUGAUGUGGAAGCUCCAUGAAGGAAUGAUGAUGCGAGACUUGGCCAUAGCAGCGAUGCAAACUGCUUGCAUCAUUCAGAAACAUUUUGGGUCCUAUGAUACUGAAGUUGGAGUGACUCUUAAGGUAAAAUUAGCUAUUGCUUCUGGAAAGACAUACUUCACAUCUAUCGGAGAUCCCGAAUCCAUGUCACACUAUAUUAUCACCGGUACACCAGUGUGGGAUGUGAAAUUCGCCGAAGGCCUUUGCCGAGGAGGCGAUAUCCUAGUGGCUCCUAGUAGCUGGCAGUGGGCUAAUCCAAACGAAUAUGUCCAUGAAACGCUUCCAGAUGGUAUACACACACUUAUUAUAUCUUGCACGAGCAUGUGGUAUCAAGCUAAAGUUGACGAAUCAAUCACCAGUACAGAUGACGAAGACAACGAAUAUGAGCCGGAUUUUUAUGAUUCGAUGAUAAUUCCCAGAAUGGAUCCUGAGUCUAAGAUGGUGAUGAUGAAUAUAACUGGUACGACUUACGAGAGUGGAAAAUUUAAGCAAGUCGAUUACAGCUUACGGCCUAAAGUUAUAAAGGCAGCACAAGCUUGUUUGAAAGAAGCUUUACGAAGCUACAUGCUGAGACCAGUCAUUCGGUCUACCGAAAUGGACGAACCAUUGGAAUAUCUGACCGAAAUGAGACAGGUGGUGAUUCUCUUUAUCAAUGUAGUCACUUCCAACAUAGGCAAAAAACAAUUAAUUGCCUUAGUGAACUUUGCUUAUAAACUAGUGUGCAAGAUCGUCGAUGGGAUGCACGGAUGCGUGAACAAGACGUCCCUCUUCGACAAGGACUUAAUGUUCCUUUGUGUGUUCGGUUUACGAGGCGACAAACAUGAACUAGAAUCGCAAAUCGGUUUAAGAUGCGCGUCGAAGUUACGAUCGAAUCUCAUAGCGAUAGAAAAUGUGAAAUCUGUAACGGUAGGCGUGACAACGGGAGUGACAUACUGUGGAGUCGUAGGGCACAUUUUACGGAGAGAAUACACCGUGAUUGGAAUAUCAGUGAACAAGGCUGCGAGGCUUAUGGUGGCGUAUAGAGACAAGGUGGUCUGCGAUCGAGAAAGUUUCCUCAAUUCUCACUUAGAGGCGAGGCAUUUCAUUUUACAAGAACCAAGAUACUUAAAAGGAAUCACCAAUAUCGGACCGAUAUAUGAAUUUCAGGAACAACCAAAGUACAUUGUAUCAGACAUAGUUUUCAGUAAGUAUCCUUUACUUGGUCGAACCGAGGAACUUAAAAUUUUUAGAAGGAUGCUAAUGAGACUCUUAGAAUAUUCCAAGAAGACUAAAGAAAACCGUGGCGCACGACCAAAAUAUAAUACACUUAUCAUAAAGUACUUAUCCUUAUUAUUUCGCCAUUAUAGUGCCCCGUACAACUUGGUACAUUUAUUAUUUUCAAUGCCUCUUGGUUUCACCCGCACUUCUACGCGAAAAGAGCGCGAAGACAAACUGCUUUUACGACUGGGCAAAAUGAAGCACACGUACUACCUGUGUGUUUUUAAUCAACCCUUCAAUGUGCAUUUCUCUAUCACUCAUCGUUAUAACGCUCUCACUGAUAUGGACAAACAAAAGCUUUUAAGAAAGUUCCUAUUGAAAUUAAUGAAAGGCUGCUUCGAAGAAUUGUGGGUGGUGAUCAUCGAUGAUGCGGAAUAUGUCGAUCGGGAGUCUUUGGAAAUCUUCGAUGUCCUUACAAAAAGAGACAAAAUAUUCUUUGCACUGACUAUUGGUCGGAAAUUGAACACAGACUUUCCGUUAUAUUUAAAUUUUUUGCACAGAGCGAAGGUAAUUGAAUUGAUCGGGAUAGACAAGUGGUACCAUGCUGGCUUAGCGUGUCAGAUACUUAAUGUAAAUGGUUUACCUGCAGAAUUGGAAAAACUGAUACAAGAAAGAAGCUUCGGGAAUCCUGGCUGGAUCGAGAGUUAUUUAGUGAGUCUUCUCCAAGUCGGUGGUUUAGAGAUAGUAAAUAUAACGAAAAGGGAAGCAAAUAUAAAGGGCUAUGUGUUACCUCCUGUAUCUAUGUUGGAAAGGUUUACUCGAAAACAUAUACUUAUACAAAUCAUGAUAUCGUUGUUGGAGGAAGACAUGAUAACUCUAAAGAAACCACAUUUGAGUAUCGACAAUGAGGAAACCAUAAUCGCGAUUUGUAACAUUGCUGAGAACUUCAUAGAAAUACUAAUCCACCAGAAUAAUAUCAUAUUGAUAAAUAACAUGAAAUAUCUUGUUACGUUAGCUAUGAUAUUGAAGCUUUUCGAUUCGUUGACACCUCUUGAUCAACUUCUCUUGAAAUGUGCUUCAGUGAUCGGGGAAACGGUGAAUAGACAUAUGCUAGAAAGUUUAAUGUCCAUCACUGCUAAAAGAGAAAUCGGACUUGCUGUUACGAAACUCUUUGAAAUACGAGUCUUCGGCUGUGCAAUUGGGGACUUCUCCAAAAAUGCGGGCCCUAUAGUAUUUAUAAAAAAUAUGCGAAAUCCUAAUUCAGAGAUGGACGUAUUCUGCAAGUGCAUUGGUCUCACUAUUCCAGAUGAACUGGUAGAUUUGCCAAGAUAUGCUUCCUGCGGCUUGAUAAGAUUUAAGAUGUCAAUGUUUCGUAACACCACUUAUCAAUUGCUUACGGAAAAUCAGAAGAUAGAAUUGCACAACCAGGCAUUGAAAUAUUUGCAACACUAUACAAGACGUUGUGUUUCUUGCGGAGAGGGUCAAUUCGCAAAAUUAUUGGGGAAAACAUCAAACAAAGAAGAUAGAAAGACAAAAAUGACAGACAUCGAUGAAAUGUUUGAACUGGAUUAUAACGAUGAGGCUGUUAACAAGGAAGACAAAAAAAUAAUAGAGAAAAAGGAAUUACUUUCUUGCCUGAACCUAUUUCGACGUGUGGAAAGGAAACCGACGGUAACGUUUUCAGAUGUAGAUUUUUCUAACUGCCUGUGUGAACUGAUACUGAUGACAGUCUAUACUCAAAUACUCGACCACUGUCGUGGCAUUGGGAAUAUUGAAAAGACGCUCACUGCUCUUCUAGAAUUUGCAGAAAUUUGCUUGAUGAAUUGUAAUAUACCUCAAGCUCGAAAGCUUCUAUCAGAAAGCGAAAUUGUCCUAGUGAAGCUAUUCGAAUCGAACGAAGACGAAAUAGUUCUUUUACCCUAUCUCACUGCGAAGAUACAGACUCUUCAAGGACAAUGUUUUCUUGAAAGCGGUUCCAUUUUCGAGGCCGAAGGAUCUCUCAAAAUGGCAUUGAAAAAUUUAGGAUACAGAUUUCCAAAGCUAGAAAUGAUGAUCGACCUGAGCUCGCUCACGCAAUUGAUGAACUUAAAAAUAAAAUUGAUAUGUCCCAAGAAGACAGAGCUGCUAAACAGUCUCGAAAGAGACAAUGUGGAUUAUACUAAACAAUUAUCAGAAUGCUUGGCGCAAAUGUUCGAACUCUUCAGGUUUAAAGGGAUGAAGAAACACGCUCGCUUAGCAGCAAUGUGGGGUUUGAACGCAGCUUUGGAAUCUAACAAAGAUUUAUACAUUCUCUGUACAUCGUUCACCAACAUGCUAAUCACAGCACAUAUGUAUCAAGACAGAUAUAUAGUUCCAUAUUUGGAACAAAGAGCUAUCAAUAUUUGCAACGAAAGCAGAGAAACACUUGAAGCUCAAGAACUGAAUGUGAUCGUCCAACUUUACACAGGAAUAUUUUUUUCUCGCUGGAUAAGGGGACAGAUCUCAAAAGCUAUUCAAAUCGGUUUUAAUUGUAGUAGGAUGGCCAGUGCGAUCGGAUCCACAUUCUUGAAGCUGGUGGUACUACCACGAUUAAUUCAUUUGCUGAUGAUCUCUUGCCGACAUCCGGAAGUAGUUACUCAAUUAAGGGAAUUAGAGUUUAUAUCUCAUCAUAAUUUUGACAAAUCUGGACGUACUUGGUAUUAUGCACUUUGCGCUGACGUCCAUUUAGAUACUGGAUUAACGAUUCUCCCUUUCCAAGCUUGUGAACAGUACUUUCUUCAGGAAGGCGAACAAAUGAUCAGUUUACAUGAUCCAGAAGCAGAAAGACGAUAUUUCACGUCAAUGUGGCUAUGGUGUAUUAGAACUGAAGAAUGGGAAGCUGCGAAGGUAUGGAGCGGUAGAAACGUGGAGAGCAUUAACAUAAUGGAUGAACAUAUAGUUGCAGCAACAAUUACUGCUUUAAAAAAGCUCGAAGGCCUACUAAUUCUUUAUGUGCAUAAACUAAAUAGUCGAAAUGCUGAUGCAGCUAUUACUAUGAUGGAGAUUAAAAGCAUAUUUAAAGAUACAAAGAAAAUGAGCAAAAUUGUUGAAAUCGUAAUUCCCAGAUAUAUGUUGCUGAAAGCUUAUUAUUGGAUGAUAAAAUCGCAGAAAAGUAACGCAAUAAAGAUUUUGAAAAAAUUACAGAAAGUAUGCAAAAAAAUGGAAAACAAAAUGAUUUACGCAUGGGCACUACAUUGUGAAAAGGCUUGGUCAGGUGGAAUCUCUUCUGUACAUACAGACAAAUGGAGAGAAAUCGCGAACACUAAAAUACUAGAUAAAUGGGAUGAAAUCAAUGUUAAUAAUUCAAACAUGAUAAUCUUUACUUUUCCCUUACCAAAAUAUCUUCUUUGACAACUUUUUAUUUUUAAUUUCAAUUAAAAUGAAUGUAAUUAUACAAAAUAAAAUACAUAUUAUAAUAAAAUAUUGUCGAAAACGAAAAUUUGUGUCUACUUUUUUUUUAUUGUAAUCUGUUUAUGUACAAUCUAUCAUACAAUGAUAUUCAGCACAGACUGUAUAGUUCAGAUUUUAAAUAAAAAAUGAA